AUAACGUGGUUUAUUUUCUUUUGUUUGGUCCAAUUUUUCGAGAGAGAAAAGAAAGGGAGAGAAUUCAAAAAAAUGGCGGGAACAGUAGCUGUGAGAACAACAAACUCUUCAACACUGAACGCCGAGUGGGAGAUUUUCUUCGCACGCUUCAUCCCUUUCCCUCAUUUCACCACUCCUUCAUCUUCCUCCUCCGAUCUUCACCCUCUCCCUCAUCGCCUCCGUAACCGUCCUCCUCGCGGCACCUGGAUCGCCUCCUCCACCUCCGCUUUCCUCAGAUUCUCCCCCGAUCUAUCUUUAUCCGAUGUCAUCCUCACCGUCUCCUUCAACGGCAAACUCUUCGAAGAGCACUACGUUUCGAAGCUGAAUUUCUCCUGGCCUCAAGUAUCGUGUGAUCCUGGAUUUCCUGCAAGGGGAAUUAAAACCGUGCUGGUUAAUUACAGAGAUUCCCGAGGCGAGAUUCAAAAGUUUGCUAUACGGUUUCCAUCAAUCUAUGAAGUACAAUCAUUCAUCACUGCUUUGAAGGUGAUCCUAAAAGAUGACAAGGGCCCUCAACCUUUAAAUAUUGACUUUGGUUCGGAAAUUUCGUCUCAGUCAGAAUUUAUGUCAACAAACAAACACUCUUACAGGUAUAAAAGAGCUUUGUGCCAUAGAGCUUCUGAGGAACUGAGUUUUGUGACUCCGGCUGACACUUUCAUUCCACAACUGCCAAUAUGUAUGAAUAAUGAAAGAGAGCAACCUUCAGUAAUCCAAACAAAGGAAACAGCUUCUGGUCACAACUUUGAAAGCAUCCUUCCAGCCUUGCCACCCAGUUUUGCCACAUUCUUGAUGGAUUGCUCUGGGGUCAACCAUACUCAAUCAACUACUACCAAGGAGAAUGAUCUCAAGUCCCAAAUUGCGAGAUAUAUGGAAGAUUCUUCCUUCCAAGAUAUGUUGAUAAAGGUGGAGAAAGUCAUCGGCGAAAUUGGGGGUGAUAUGUCACUCUAGGAGUCCAGGGCAUUGAAAAUGACACACCAAUCAGCUAGGCAUCUCUUCGUGCUUACUGAACCAUGGUGACCAUAAAUUUUGAGUGGCUUUAUAUUGAUUCUUCCAUUCUCUCUUAAUAACACACUGUUCAAUCCAUGGCAAAACUUCGUUUUUGCUUCUUUUAUUGUUCCAGCACAUUACAAUGCCAAGUGAAAAAAGGGUUACCUGAAUAUGGUAUAUCAGUGUCUAGCUAAUAAUGACAGAUCAAAUGUUUCUGCUUACAAAAUCUUUUUGUUAAUACAAAGAUAUCAGAAUUUUUUCAAUUCAAUCCGGUAGAAAUUUUCUAGCAUUUAUUCCUCACCCAAUUACUAACAAAAAAAUCAAGAAGCCACUAUAAUGAUCUAGAUCGAAGAUGUAGUCAAAGAAUCAAUGCAAGAGAAGAAGAAAGAGAAGUCAUCUAACAUUGACAUUGUUGAAUUCACCCCACUUCGACGAAUUCAACCAUGCAACAAGAGGAUGAAGAUGGAGUCCUAUGAAUAUAUUUCAAGGUCCAUUUCAAAUGGGAAGAAGACCCAAGAAAGAA